UUUUGUGCCGCGAUUUCUAGGGCUCGAGAGGGCGAGGGGCGAGCGGCGAGAGAGAGACAGCCAUGGCGACGCCGGAUCACGCGCGCGAGCCGUGCCCGGACCGCAUCCUCGACGACAUUGGCGGCGCAUUCAGCAUGGGCGCCAUCGGCGGCUCGGUCUACCACUUCAUCCGCGGCGUCUACAACUCCCCGCGAGGUGAGCGCCUGCUGGGCGGCGCGCAGGGCGUGCGCAUGAACGCGCCGCGCGUCGGCGGUAGCUUCGCCGUCUGGGGCGGCCUCUUCUCCACCUUCGAUUGCACCAUGGUCUACUUGCGCCAGAAGGAGGACCCCUGGAACUCCAUCGCCGCGGGUGCCGCCACCGGCGGCUUCCUCCAGCUGCGAGCCGGGAUGAAGAGCGCCACCAGGUCGGCGAUCUUUGGCGGCGUGCUGCUCGCGCUCAUCGAGGGCGCGGGGCUGAUGCUCAACCGGAUGAUGACGCCGCCGCCGCCACCCAUGGAGGAGCCAAUUCCACAGACCGGGCCGCCCUCCUCUGGUAUCUUCCCAUUUCCAGCUCCAAACACUGCGGGGAUGGGUGGCCAGUUUCCUUCUUCUCCAGGUGGUGGUAGCGGUGGUGGUGGUGGCGCCAGCGAUGGUUCUUCUUCGUCUUCCUCGGGCUCUAGUUCUUGGUACUCGGGAUGGUUUGGAGGGACGAAGGAGGAGCCCAAGCCUUACAACGAGAAGCUGGACAGUUUUGAGGCGAAUCCACCCCCGCCGAUGCCCGGCUUCGAGGUGAAGUGAGCGAGGGAGGUCUGGCGUGGACGUGUACAUGCAAGGACUUCGCGAGAUGGCUCGUGGUCCGGCCAGCUUGGCCUCGUGAGUGAUGCGGUCUCAAGUCGUGUGUUCUCUUAUUUCAUUUUUACUUCCAUCGUGGAAUACUUUAAAGUCUGUUCUUGCGCUUC